UAGUUUUAUUCUAAAAUGUUCAAGCACAUACAAGAAAUUAAUAAAAGCAAAUUUACAAAUGUAUACUCUCCAGAUCUAAGACAUGUUACAGUUAAAUUAAACUAUUAUGUUUGAAGGCUUAACUUGCUCAGAAAUAAAUUAAAUACUUUAAUAAACUGAAAAAUGUCGGCGUUUAACUUCCCCUCAUUGGGGGAAAACUAGCGGGAGUUUUUAAAGCGAUGUGCCGGGAGUUAGCCGUUCUCUCCCGGUAAACCGAACCGGAACCUGGACCAGGUGACGGAGGCGAGGGGAGCUGGCUGUUAAUGCCAGCUCCCAGCGGGAGAGGACGUCUCCGAAACUGUCGGAGCAAUUGCAAUUAGGUGAUGCAUUAAUGAACCGAGCAGAUAUUUGGGAUUUACAAAGCUACACUCUCGCCUACAAACGUUGUAAUAAAAAAAAAAGAAGUUGUGUCUCUUAAAGUGUAACAUAGUGCAGGUGAGAUGUUUUUAAAACGAACUGAGUCAUGAUGAAGCAGCCAGUAAAAACGUUUCAAUCAGGCCUUUGAUUAAUGUGAUUGGUCCCACCUGCAGUUGCUUAUAUAAACAACACCAUGAAGGUCCACUUGAUCACUGAUACCAGCGCCAGAAACUGGUUUGUAGAUAACUGUUCAGAUAAAGCGAUGAAAUCCGGAGCGUCCAUUCGGGCUCUAGUUUUGACUCCGGAACGGAUCCCGACCUUCGUCAUCCCAUCUUCUUACCGGGCCUCUCCCAUGUUCGGCCGGGACUCCCCGACCCGCUCCAGGCUCCUGUUGGAAGAUGACGACGAGGACCCAACCGGAACCAGCCCGUCUCGGUCCUCCUCCUGGCGUCGCCGGCGCUCUCCACUGGCCUGCCGCCAUCGCGUCGCCGACACUGACCCGACGACGCGAGCGGCGAUGUCGCUGCCGCACGUACCGAAGGUGACGACGUCUUACGGCUUCCGCGGCGUGUUGGCCACCACGCCGUCCACCAACCGGAGGGAGUCUCUGUUUCACCGCAGCAGACGCGUUAAGGUGACUGUGAAUGCCGCGGUACCAAAAGACGCAGCGGAAGUUUCUCCCACCGGAGGGUCCCGGGUCAGCUUGCGGCCCGUUAAGGCGCUGGGCCUGAAUAUGAUGGAGGAGCUGAAGAAAGCUGCAGCUUCUCUGAAGGCGCUCAGUCCUGCUGCUCGUUCUUAAAUGAGAUUAUCUCAAUUUACUCAAGUUUUAUAUU